ACAUGUAAAAGAGAGAGAGAGAGAGAGAGAGAGAGAGAGAGAGAGAGAUACAGAGAGAAAGAAAUGAUGGAGGAUAUCAAUUAUGAUGCUGAGCAGACAAAUGAUAAUGCUGAGCAAGUAGCCGUGUACAGAGAGUGCCUGAGAAACCAUGCGGCCAGCCUCGGGAGCUACGCCACCGACGGCUGCGGCGAGUUCACUCUUGGCAGCGGAGGAGGCGCGGCGGAUCUCCACUGCGCUGCGUGCCGCUGCCACCGCAACUUCCACCGCAAGCUCACCAAACCAUUUAAGCACCACUACUUCAUGUCAUCACCGCUUGCUCAUGACAACACUACCAGAAAUUCUAGUGCAGAGCAAAUGGUGAGCAACAAGAACAAUAAUAAUAGUAAUAAUAAGCGGGCGAGGAGCAAGUUUACGGCAGAUCAGAAGCAGAAGAUGCUGGCCUUUGCGGAGAAGCUGGGGUGGAGGCUGCAGAGGAAUAAAGAUCAUCAUAUUCCGGUUUCCGACGACGAAAUCGAGAGCUUCUGCAGAGGAAUUGGUGUGAGUAGGAGAGUCUUCAAGGUGUGGAUGCACAACCACAAGAGUCUAUCUUCUUCCUCUUCUACUAAUAAUAAUAAUAAUAAUUCCUCUCUAUCUACUGGCAUUGUUUCUUCUCUCACACAAUAGACUAAUCAAUAACCUUUUUUUCUUUUUUUUUAUUCAGUGAUUUGGUAAUUUA